AUGGCCAUCCGUCUCGUCGAUUGGGCACAAGCGAAGCGGCACGGUUAUGUCGCCAAGACGUCUGCUACGAUGGUGGUAAAGGCAACGAGAGGAUUGGACGCUCUGCAACCCUCCUUGGAGAUUUUUUUUUUUUUUUGA